AUGGAUGCUGCGGCUUACAAGAAUAUUAUGGAGAUCCAAAUGCUUCCCUUUGCCAAUCAAACGAUGCCUCUCGGAUGGAUGCUUUACCAGGACAACGACUCGAAACACAAGUCGAGACUGAUGAUGGGACGAUUGGUGACACUUCAAAAUGGUACCAGAUCUCGUUUGCCCGGAUGGUUUGCGGCAAAUCGUGUUCAAUUGAUCAAUCCACCUCCCUACUCACCGGAUCUCAACCCAAUUGAACAUUUGUGGUCAUUUGUGAAGUCGCGCCUCAUGGGAAAGAAAUUCGAUUCGAAGGCCGCCUUAUGGGUUCACAUUCAACGUCUUUGGGCCACCAUCCGCCCAAGUCUUUUGAAAAAUCUCGUGGAUUCCAUGCUGGAUCGACUCAAUGAAGCGAUAAAAGCAAAAGAAGGACCAACCAAAUAU